AUGUCCAAUGGAAUACGGGGUCCACCUGGCCCAAAAGGUGACAAGGGUGAUCAAGGCGACCAGGGACCACGGAUGGUCUUCCCUAAGAUAAAUCAUGGCUUUCUUUCUGCUGAUCAACAACUCAUUAAACGUCGACUCAUUAAGGGUGAUCAGGGUCAAGCAGGGCCCCCAGGACCUCCUGGGCCUCCAGGCCCCCCAGGCCCCAGGGGACCUCCAGGAGACACAGGCAAAGAUGGUCCUCGGGGAAUUCCAGGGCUCCCAGGAGACCCUGGAAAUCCAGGGGAGAUCGGUCAAAUGGGACCCGAGGGCCCUCCUGGACAGAAGGGUUCCAUUGGGCCACCUGGUAUUCCAGGUAUCGAUGGAAUAAAGGGUGACAGAGGUGAACAGGGUGAGAAGGGAGACAUGGGAGAGCAGGGGCCGAAAGGUGACACUGGAGAGAAGGGUAAUGCAGGAUCCUCUGCCGCUGGAAUUAAGGGUGAGCCAGGAGAGCCAGGACGUGGAGGACAAAAGGGUGAGCCAGGACUUCCAGGGCUGCCUGGACUCCCCGGGAUUAAGGGUGAACCUGGUUUCUUUGGGCCUCAAGGUGAGCCUGGGCUUCCAGGCCUGCCAGGAACUAAGGGUGAAAGAGGGGAACCUGGACCGUUUGGCAAGGGUGAACGUGGUGAGACAGGUCCAGCAGGACACAAGGGAGAGCAGGGGGAACCAGGAGCACCAGGCCCAAAAGGUUCAAAGGGGGAUGCAGGAGACAAAGGUGAUGUAGGCCCAACAGGAUCACAAGGGCCACCUGGGGAGAAAGGUGAACAGGGUACAACUGAAAUCAUAGACUACAAUGGAAACAUUCAAGAGGCUCUUCAGAAGAUAACUACUAUUACAGUUACGGGUCCCCCUGGACCUCCGGGGCCAGUUGGACCAAAGGGAAUGAAGGGUGAUCAGGGUGUUCCUGGACUUCCUGGACUGGAUGGAGAAAGGGGUCACAAAGGUUCAAAGGGUGAUAUGGGAAUCCCUGGAAUAUUAGGAGAAAAGGGAUCAAUGGGUCUUCCUGGCUUACAGGGUGUGAAUGGUCUGAAAGGAGACAAAGGAGACACUGGCCUUCCUGGUCCUCAGGGACCAUCAAUUAUUGGGCCCCCUGGAGCACCUGGUCCACAUGGACCACCUGGACCCAUGGGUCCUCAUGGAUUCCCUGGCCCAAAGGGGGAACCAGGGUUGCAUGGUCUCAAGGGACUGCGAGGGGAGACUGGGUAUAAGGGUGACAGAGGACCCCUGGGUCUCCCUGGAGCAUCUGGCUUGGAUGGCAAGCCGGGACCCAGGGGUAUGGAUGGACCAAUCGGGGCUCCUGGUCCAGCAGGUCCAAAAGGAGAUAGAGGUGAGAAGGGUGAUGUUGGUGAUCCUGGACCCAGAGGGCCAUAUGGGUUACCUGGAGCUGCUGGAACACCUGGAAUGGAUGGGUUACCAGGCUUAAAGGGAGACAAGGGCGACGUGGGGGAAAGAGGAGAAAAGGGUUUCCGGGGCUUUAAGGGUGAAAAGGGCGAGCCAGGUCAGCCUGGCCUGGAUGGGCUGGAUGCCCCGUGCCAAUUGGGCCCAGAUGGACUUCCAAUGCCAGGCUGUUGGCAGAAGGGUGUCACACCUUGGCUGGUGGCUUGAGAAAGCCAGAAAAGCGUGAUUGCUGGAUUUCUUUAUUGCAAAGAGGUCAGUGUGGCAUCUGGCCCUCCUGCGCCUUGCCGUUGCUCUGCCUUGUAGUGAGAGUGACAACUUACAAAUUCAAAUUAUCCAAAGAGCAGGACACAAGAUGCAUCCACCAUCUACGGCUGCUCCAGAGUAAGCUAGGCAGCUGAAACUCAGAAAUCCUUGAAAAAGGAUGGUGUACGUGAGCAUGGGAAGUUGCUACAUUCAUCCCUCCACUGGCAAAGCUAUGUUUGUUCUCUUGUCAGUGGGGUUCUUUUCGUAGCAGUGAGCUACACAGAUCUACUGAGAACAGCAGGAUGGCAUAUCUUUAAUUAUGACUUUUUGCUCAUUGUUUGAUUUGUUCAUUUUGUGUAUUUGUGCAUGAAGUAAUUUGUCAUUCCUUCCUUUUUUGAGAAUAAUUAUUUCUUUUGUAAUCUUUGAGUUGUAGAGAUAACAUUUCAGUGUAUCUUUAGCAGCUAUAAAGGCUCAUAAAUGCUGUUCAUGUAUUGUUGGAGCUGAAAGUGUUAUAUUCUUCAUGACUUUCUUGGGGUGUCUAAGGGAAUGGGAAAGUUGGGGGACUGUGGUUUUGUGGCACUGAAAUUCUGAGUAACCAUAACAAAAACAUUCAAAAUCAAUCAGUAUUAGUCGCCACAAUCAAAUACAAUGUUAAUGUACAGUACAAGGUGCAAACAUGCCUUAGUCAGCAAUGAUUAUCAUUUUAUAGCCUAUAAUAUGCCAGCACCGCUACAUUCCAGAGUUCAUUUAUUUUUACAGCUUUAAAACCAUUUUGACUAUUACUUUAAACUUUUUAAUGAGGCUUCAGCCACAAUUGAUACAUUAAAACAUGCAUGAUCACAGCACUGCUGGUGUUAUAAUGGGUUUUCUGUCUGGAGGUGGCAGGAUUAUGGUUUCUCUCAACCUCUGAUGGGCAUUUAAGAUCAUGAUAACAACAAUGCAGAAAUGUUGUACUGAAAGAAGUUUUGUAUUUACUGAAUUUAAUGAUUAUUAGAUAAUUUAAUAAUAAUAAUAAUUGUAAUUUCUUUUUUGGCUGUUUCUUACUUUUUUUCUUUUUUUUUCUUUCUUUUUUUUUUCCUUUUACUUGCUAUACUGCAACAUUCAGCAGGUAUUCCUGAUAAUAUGAAAGUUGAAAUACCUUUCACCAUAAGGUGUUUUACUUCUGUUCAUGCUCAGAUGCAGUUGCAGACAGUGUGAUGAUUAUAGUUCUGAUGACAAGAUUUUGAUGAAAUAUUGACUGGAAAUUUGAAGGAAUUAAUCUGAAAUGUAACUGGAAUGAAUCUGAAAUGGAAUGUCUCUACUUCUUUUUUCUCUUUUUCAUUCUUUCUCUCCAUCUCUUGUUGCAUUAAAUUUAGAUUAAUAUAUGUAUAGUGGACUAUAAAUGCACAGUUAAAUAUUUUUCCUUUUUUUUAAAGUGCAAUUUAUAUUUCUUUUUUUAUGUACUGAUGUAAUGUGCACCAUACACAGAUGUGUUUUGAUGCCAGUUACUCUGCCACAUUGAGACUGAAAACAGAAAUGGCUAAGCUGGAUAUUUCAAAUUCAAUGCCUGGCCAAAAAAAAAAAAAAAAAAAGUCACUGUUUGGAUUUAAAUAGUCUAUGACUGGAUCAUUACUGCAUUGAUUAUAAUGAUUUUAGCAUGUUAUAAUGUUUUGCAACUUCUAACCCUAAUUGAUGGAGUGUGUAUCUUUUCAUUAAGCUUUUCAUCAUUUAUUUCCAUCAAGAGGUGACUCAAUUUUUGGUUAUUGACAAUGCAAGAGUCAAGCACUCUGUAAAGUCUACUCCAGCACAUCCCAAAGACUUUCAAUGAAUUUAAGGUCUGGACUCAGAGGUGCCAAUUCAUGUGUGAAAAUGAAUGAUUCUUCAUGCUCCCUCCCAACCAUUCUUUCACAAUUUGAGCCCGAUCUUGACAUGGUCAUGAUGUGUCUUCCAACAUGGUUGUUUAAGAAAUGAAAAGCUACACACCCCAUCAAUUAGGGUUAGAAUAACUGUUAUCUAACAUAACAUGAUAGAAACAUAAUCACUGUAAUAAUGAUCCAGUCAUAGACUCUUAAGUAUCUGCCUAUUUAAUUUUUUUUUUUUUUUUUUUUUUUGGCCUGGCAGUGUAUUUGUUUUCAAAAUUUUGAAUUUUUCACAUUUUCAUAAACAUGUAUAGACAUUUUCAUAAACAUUUCAUUUGUGUUCAUUUAUUGUUACUAUUAUAACGUCACAAUGUUUUUAAAGAGAUUUUUAUAUAUAUAUAUAUUUAUAUAUAUAGAAAGGCAUGGGCCAAAUGUGACUUUCAAACUAAUGUUUGCUCAUUCGUUUAACUUUCAAACCAUGCAUUUCUGAAAACAUUUCCUUGUUUUGUUUUCCUCUUUUUCCACCAAGAUAGGUUUAUUACAGAAAAUUCAAUUACUUUGUUUUCCUAAUCUUUGUAAGUUAUGACAAUUUAUGAUUUUCUAGAUAUGUGUUUGUUCAAUGUUUCAACUGCUUGUUUGAUUUACCUUGUGCUCCAAUUGAUUGAUUUCCCCCAAAUGUAGAUACAUAUGUUGCAGAUGUAGACACACACACACAGAGAGAGACAAAGAUUUGAACAAAAUAUAUUGUUCAUAAUUUGAUCGUGUUAUUGUAGUGAAAAUUGUGAAUUUGUUUGCUGUGAUUAUCAAAUUAUCAGUUAUAUAUAAUGUAUAUUAGAUCUGCAAGAUUUGUAAUGUUUUUUAAAAAAGUAUUUUCUGCUCACCAGGGCUGCAUUUAUUUGAUCCAAAAUACAGCAAAAACAGUAAUAAUGUGAAAUAUUUUUACAAUUUAACAUAACUGUUUUCUAUUUGAAUAUAUUUUAAAAUGCAAUUUAUUUCUGUUGGCAAAGCUGAAAUUUGAGCAUCAUUACUCCAGUCUUCAGUGUCACAUGAUCCUUCAGAAAUCGUUCUAAUAUGCUAAUUUGCUGCUCAAGAAACAUUUAUUAUUACUGUCACUUUUGAUCAAUUAAAUGCAGCCUUGGUGAGCAGAGGAGACUUCUUUUAAAAACCUUUUAAAAAAUCUUACCGAUCUAAAACUUUUGAACUGCAAAAAAAAUCUGUAAAAAUCUCUGUUAUUUCUCACAUUUCUCAAUUCUUGUGCUAUAUGCUAUUAAUUUUUACUAAUUGCCACAAGAUUGUUAAUUGUUGUGCGUGUCCAUGGCUCUGGACACUUAAUUUCAAACUCAUGUUAUGUGAUAUUCUGUUGGAGCCAAAUAAAAUCUGUUUUUUUCCAAG